CCCGCGCGGCCCCUCGCUGCCGCCGGCGUCGGGAUGGAGGCGCCCGUCCUGCUGCUGUGGGUUAAUGGUCUAAUGACGCUUGGAUUUGCAGGUGCACGUCAACAGACUAAUCUCUGCAAUGAAUCUCUCAUGUUAGAAAAGUUGCCUGCCUGUGGAAAAUCCUUUGAAGAGAUGAUGAAGAAAGUGGACUCUAAAAAAUGGUGCAACCUGACAGAAUUUAUCAUGUAUUACGACAACUUUACCCAGUGCACAGAACGUGAAGCCAACAAUGCGAGUUGCUUUUGGCCAAACCCCCUCGCAGAGGGCUUUAUCACUGGAAUUCAUAAACAAUUCUUUUCAAACUGUACUUCAGAAAAGGUUCACUGGGAAGAUCCACCGGAUGAAAUUCUCAUAACUCUGAUCUUGAUCCCAGUCAUGUUGACAUGUGCCAUGAUAACACUGGUAGUAUGGUGCAGCAAAAGAAGUGAUAUCCUGGUGUAAGUUCUUCCUCUGGACUUUCUUUUUCUCCAUUUCCUUCUUCCAAAAGCACUAAUAAAGGAGGACAAAGAGAGAAACUCGACAUAAAGAUUUCAGAUCUGCUGAGAUGGAACCUGUGAGAUACUGAGACAGAGACAAUGCUCCUGUGAACAAAAAGCUGCCUGCUGCUGCCGCCGCUGCCGAAAGUCACUGCUUCUGAGCUUGGCCAUGGGUGUUGCUGGCGGAAGGCUCUCUACUUCCAUCAGGCCUCAUCAUCAUGGAAUUCACCGGCAGCUCCCAGAAACAGGAGAGUCCCCAGGCAAAUGGACCCCUUAGCUGCAAAAGGGGUAAAGUUACUUUCCCGUGGGUAAGGCUGGUUGGUAAACUAAGUUUUGCAAAACUGUGUGUAAGCGUAUGUACGCAUGGUGUAAUGCUGACUACGGGGGAGAUGAUAUCUCUUGAGUUUUUGUGCAGGACACUUGAGGUUUUUGUCUGUGAACCUUGUGGCUUGGACAGAAGAUCACUGGCAAAGGAACCGAAUGUGGAUGUAACCAAGUGGCAGCUUUUCCUGGAAGCUACUCAAAAACAUCAUUAUCAAGAGCUGGAAGUAUUGUUCUGGCAAAGGAACAAUUUAUGUACCCAGUGACUAUCCCCACGGGGAAAUAUCAUGCCACCUUAUCAAAUAGUUCAUAAAAUGUCUUUAAGCAUGGCUACCUAGAAUUGUAUGGCUCACAGAGAAACUCUGGGAAGAUAUAUAGGUCUUAUUUUACAGAGCUGGAAAAUGUGAGAGGAAAUUGGUUGAUUAUAAAUAUACUAAGGAGUAAUGGAGAAACUUUCAUAUGCCAGACUCUUUAUUUUUCCUCUUUUAUAAUUAUUAUUCUUGACGACUUGUGUUCACUGUAUAUUCCCUGCUCUCCCUUCAAUUUGUGCAAGUGAUAUCCUACAAAUAAAUAUAAAGGUGUCAUGUUGAUUGAGGUGCCUUUCAGAGUAUAAUUUUGUACAUAAAUAAUUCCUUGUCCCGUUGAGAGUGUGGGAAUUAAAGCAUGAACAUCAAAGCUUGGAACAGACAUAGGAGGAAAGACAAAAAAUUCUACACAGAAAUCUUAUUCUAGAAAGCUACUCCAGUGUAAUAGUUUAAAUAAAGAUUAUAUGCCCAAAAUGAAACAACUUCUAUGUUUGUCUUGUAAACCUUUCUUUUCUGUCAUUUCACAAAAUGCCUUUCAGUCGAACGCUCUUCUAUUUUAAAUGAACAAUAUCUGUUACAAGUCACUCUUCCUUUUUCCAUACCUUAUGCACACAAAUAAAAUACAGGUUGAAUGGCCAAGUAAUGGUGUUGCAUCU